AUGGGAGAACCUUCUUCUUCUUCUUCAUCUGCUUCAUACAUUCAUAUGGUGCAACACUUAAUUGAAAAGUGUUUGAUCUUUCACAUGACAAAGGAAGAAUGCAUGGAAGCUCUUUCUAAGCAUGCAAAAAUUAAGCCUGUCAUAACUUCCACUGUUUGGAAUGAGCUGGAGAAAGAAAACAAAGAAUUUUUUGAAGGAUAUGCAAAAUCAAAGAGUAAAGACGAGCGAAUGUCCGAAGAAGAGACAAACCAGAUGCUACAGAAAAUCAUCUCAGAUUCCUCCAAAGGCUCAACCAAUGACUAA